UACUUUUGCUCAUGGACAUAUAUCAACGUGACAAAAAACUAUAUGGGACCUAGUGAGUCUCUCCAGUCUCCACCGGUCUCUUCCUCCCUGGCUAGAGUGGAGAUCGACGGCCGCAGCGGUCACAGCCUGGGGGCGCGGUGAAGACUGACAGGGACCACAGCGUCCUCUCCGAACAAACCACAGAUUUCAAUCAUCUCAAUGUUAAAAUUCUGCUGCUCCAGUUCAUACGAGACAACUAACCGAACAAUUGAUUAUAUACUAAUAUUCAGAGGCCAAAGUUGAAAGUGAAAAGGUAAGUGAAAACGCAGGGUUAAUCUAAGCACAAAUUCGAACUUAACAUAAGGGAUGCAAUUGUGCAAAGUAGCAAUGCACAUUGCAAACAUAAAUUGCCAUCGCAAGCAGAUGUGAACUAGACUGGAAUCGACAUCAGACGGAACCUGCGUUCUUAGCAUGAAACAUUUCACACUAAAUCGUUGAAAUUUCAGAGUAAAACGACAGAGAACUAUACAAACUGGGAAGACGGGGACCUCUACUAUACAAACUGAAACGAGAAUAAAACAAUAAACGGAAAUAGUGUGAUAGAAUAGCAGUGUGGCCCAUGAGUACUCCAGCUGUCUCAUUUAGUCAAUAGGCCACAAAAUGUGAUAGAUAGCGCCAGCGGUAUGGCACAUCACUACCACGUACACUCAAAUAUGCCAGUCGCAAAGACUCAAACGCGCUAGGUCAACAAGGCAACCAUGUGCAUUAUGCUCCUGAAACAGUGCCGUUUUCGCGAGCAUUUUAGCUGCCAGAUUGCCACAUUCAACUCCAAACACUUGCUGGGAUGAGAGAGUUCAUGCAGAUGACACCACAUUCUCCGUGGAGAAGCAGGCUAGCGAUGCCGUACUCUGGCCUCGCUACUGCUGCAUUAUUGCUGCUGCUUCUCAUCGUGGCCACCUCCGCCAUGGCUUGCGUCGAGCAGGAGAAGAGUUCUCUCCUCCAGUUCCUUGCUGAGCUGUCGCAUGACGGUGGCAUCGCCAUGUCAUGGCAGAAUGGCACGAACUGCUGUGUGUGGGAGGGCAUCACCUGCAAUGAAGAUGGGGCUGUCAUUGAGGUUCGUCUCACCUCUAAAGGCCUUGAAGGGCAAAUCGCACCGUCGCUGGGAGAGCUCACCAGCUUGUCGCGCCUCAACCUGUCGUACAACUCCCUAUCUGGCGGCCUUCCAGCAGAGCUGAUGUCUUCUGGCAGCAUUGUCGUCCUUGAUGUCAGCUUCAAUCGCCUCAACGGGGACCUGCAAGAGUUGAAUCCAUCAGUAUCUGACAGGCCACUGCAGGUACUGAAUAUCUCAAGCAACCGGUUUACAGGAGAAUUUCCAUCCAUCACAUGGGAGAAAAUGAGGAACCUGGUCGCAAUCAACGCGAGCAACAACAGUUUUACCGGGCACAUACCUUCCUCCUUCUGCAGCAAUUCGCCAUCUUUUGCUGUUCUUGAUCUUGGGUACAACCAGUUCAGUGGCAACAUCCCCCCUGGAAUAGGUAAAUGUUCUGCCCUUAGACUUCUCAAGGCUAAUGCCAACAACAUCAGAGGGCCUCUCCCAGGUGAUCUCUUCAAUGCCACAUCAUUGGAGUACCUCUCUUUCGCUAACAAUGGAUUGCAAGGAACAAUUGAUGAUGCUCUCAUCGUAAAGCUCAUCAAUCUUGUUUUUGUUGAUCUUGGAUGGAAUAGAUUCAGUGGCAAGAUCCCAAAUUCUAUAGGCCAGUUGAAAAGACUAAAGGAGCUUCACAUUUGCAGCAACAACUUAUCUGGAGAGCUGCCAUCAUCAUUGGGAGAUUGCACAAAACUAGUAACCAUCAACCUCAGGGGAAACAAGUUGACGGGUGAGCUUGCCAAGGUUAACUACUCCAAUCUACCCAAUCUGAAAACAUUAGAUUUUGCCUCGAAUCACUUCACCGGCAAAAUUCCAGAAAGCAUAUACUCAUGUAGUAAUUUGACUUGGUUGCGGCUAUCUUCCAAUAGGCUUCACGGCCAGUUGACAAAGAACAUACAGAAUCUGAAUUCUAUCACCUUCUUAUCUCUUUCCUACAACAAUUUUACAAAUAUCAAAAAUACUCUUCACAUACUCAAGAGCUUAAGGAACCUCAAUGUCUUGUUAAUUGGGGGCAACUUCAUGCACGAAGCUAUGCCACAGGAUGAAACAAUUGAUGGUUUCGAGAAUAUUUUUGGUAUUAGCAUACAUGAUUGUGCAUUGACUGGAAAAAUACCUAGUUGGCUCUCAAAGCUCGGAAAUUUGGCAGUUUUAGAUUUAUCCAACAAUAAACUCAGGGGACCUAUACCAACCUGGAUCAAUAGCCUAAACUUCCUUAAGUAUGCAGACAUAUCCAAUAAUAGCCUUUCAGGAGAAAUACCACAAGCACUAAUGGAGAUACCAAUGCUAAAAUCAGAUAAGAUUGCAGAUAACUCAGACCCAAGAGCCUUUCCGUUUCCAGUGUAUGCAGGCGCAUGUCUGUGUUUUCAGUACCGUACAGUUACUGCUUUCCCUAAAAUGUUGAAUCUAGGUAAUAACAAAUUCACUGGUGCGAUCCCGAUGGAGAUUGGUGAGUUGAAAGCACUCGUUUCACUCAACUUGAGCUUCAACAACCUAAACAGGGAGAUCCCACAAUCGAUCAGCAACCUCAAGAAUCUGAUGGUUCUAGACCUGUCAUACAACCAUCUGACAGGUGCAAUCCCUCCAGCACUGGUGAACCUUCACUUCCUUUCUGAAUUCAAUGUUUCCCACAAUGAUCUAAAAGGGUCUGUACCAAUUGGAGGCCAGUUCAGCACAUUUCCAAGUUCUAGUUUUGCUGGAAACCCAGAGCUAUGCAGCCCGAUACUUUUGCACCGUUGCAAUGUAGCAGAAGUAGAUUUGUCUUCCCCAAACUCAACAAAAGAGUACAUCAACAAGGUCAUCUUUGUGAUUGCUUUUUGUGUAUUCUUUGGAGUAGGAGUGCUAUAUGAUCAGAUAGUUCUAUCCAGAUAUUUUCGGUUGAACUGA